AUGGUCAAGCUCCUGUGUGCAGUGCUGCACUCCCUCCUGAGCUGCCUCAUCCUCCCAGCCAACCUGCUGGUGAUGGUGGCCGUCUGCCAGCUGAUGAGGAAGCAGCCAAGCACCAGCUAUGCCUACAUACUCAACCUGGCCACCGCCGACCUGCUGGUGGGCGUGAUGUGCAUCCCCGAGGCGCUGGAUGACAUCCUUGAUGGGGGCUUUAGCCACAGCAAGUCCUUCUGCCUGCUGCACGUGGCCAUGAGCAUGACACCUUGCAUCGGCUCCAUCCUGACCCUGCUCCUCAUCUCCCUGGACAGGUACCUGGCGGUGAUGCUGCCACUCUCCUAUCCCACCCUCCUGAGGAGAACACCCCUGGUCCUCUCCCUGGUUGUCCUCUGGAUUCUCUCCCUCCUUUUUGGGCACUUGCCUCUGAUCCUGCCCUCCCUCCAGCAAGGCAACUACACGGGUUACUGCGGGCUCCUGUAUGUGGCCAAGAGCGAGUACCUCUACACCCUCUGCUUCGGCGUCUUUGCCCCGUCCCUGCUGGUGCUGGUGGGCCUGCACGUCUGGGUGGGCAGUGUCGCCUGCCGGCAGCACGCGCGGCUCCAGCACACCCGCCGGCCGCGCUUCAAGGCGUUGCGGACUGUACUGCUCAUCCUGGUUGGCUUCAGCCUCUCCUGGGGCCCCUACCUGGUGGGGGGCAUCGUGCAGGCUGCCUGCAGCUCCUGCAGCCUGGCCAGCCCGCUCAAGGACGCCUUGUUCCUGUUGGGCGAGACCAACUCCUUCAUCAACCCUCUCAUCUAUGCCCUGUACAGCAAAGACAUCCGGAGCCACCUUGCAAAGCUGCUCAGGUGCAGGACAAAGGGCCAGGUGAAGCCCCUGGCCUCAAACAUCCAAACCAUUGGGAGCAGGGCUGGGGGCCAGCCUGCAGCACCCAGUUCAUGA